AUGAGGUCAACGCUUUCGUGGCGGCGACGGCUCAUCCUUGGCAUGAGCAUUGAAGACGCACGGAGUAAAUUCGAUAGCCCGGAGUCUCGUGUGGCGUUGCGUCUGGCGCACGAGCGGUACAAUCAGGGACUCUACCACGAGCUUACCCUCGCCCAGCGUCGCCGCAAUCAGCUGCCGUCCGAACGGCGGUGUCAUCUGGUGCGCCACACAAAACCGAGCGUGAAGGGCUUUCAGUCGUACAUUAAAUCCUGCCCGGAUGACUACGUGGUGCGGGAGAUUUGGCGCGAUGAUGACAAAGAGACGGCAGGGCCAAUGUUGGACGCCACGGCGGCGGUAGUGGCGCAGAACUCCGAGGCGGCGAUUUCAUCGGCAGAAGGAGGGUCGCUUAAAAAACGGAGCAAAGGCCACGAUGCAAAUGCGGAGCAGACACCACCGCAGGAGGAACACGUCGUGAAUUCGAGAAAAGAAGCGGCAUUGGACGUAUUAAACGUGACUCCUGGGAAGGAAGAUGUCGUUUCAGCACCCGCGGAAACACUGACGCCACCGUCGUUGCCGAGCCAUGUGGGACUUCAAGUCACUGCAGAUGUUCAGAUGUACAAGCAACACCGUGCGGUGGUACUCCAGGAGCUUGCACGGGG